AUGGAAGAGCCACAUUUUUUAAAUAUACAAAGAAGUUACCAGAUAUUAUUUUCAUAUGCUGGAGCAGAAGAAUCUAAAGAAUGUAUAGGAAAUAAAAUUACUGGUGAUGAACAUAUAUAUUCACUUUCUUGGAGAAGAGAUUCAAGACAAUAUCCUUAUCCAUUCCAAAUUAAAUUUACUACAAAAUUUGUAAAAUACAAUGAAUAUAAAGCUCUAGAUCCAACAGAUCAAGAAAUAAAACAUUUUAAAAAAGUACCAUUUUUACAUAUUUUUUUUAUUAAUUGCUCAACUCCAGAAGAGUAUCGUUCUAAAAUACGUCAUGAAUCACAAUGGAUUAUUGUUUUUGAUAGUAAAAAUGCAAGAGAAAAAAAAAAUAGAGGACAGGUUAUGGAAAGAAUAAAAUCAGAUUUUUCUUCCUACUUUUCACGAGUAAUUGAAGUAUAUGAUAGAGCAUCAUUAUCUGUUUUAGAAAGUACUAUUACUGCAUCUAUACUUAUAAGUAUUGAAACAUAUGCCAGUAUGUUAGAAAGUUUUUUAUUAUAUGAAAAACAGCAUUUUACUAAUACUAAUUUUAAUCUUCUUGCUUAUUCAAAUGGUUUUUUUAUUUUAAUGCAUUUUUAUUGGAGUAUUGGAUUGUUAGAGACGGUCUUAUCACAAUUAGAUGAUCAAAAACUUUUUUUAGAUGAUAUUGUAGAGUCAUACUCAAAGAAUGGCAAUGCAUAUGAAUGGGGAAGACGUGAUGAAGUAUUUGAUAAAUUUGAAUUGUUAUCAACAUUAAUGGAUUCAAAACAAUCUGUAAAUUUUAAUUCACUAAUUAUUAUACCGUAUUUAAGAAAAUAUAUACUUGCCCAACAAAUUAUGACCUCAUUUGCUAUCUAUUUUAACAAAAGUAAAAGAGCUAUCAAUUCUGAUGUUAAUGAAAAUUUAGAAAGACUUGCAAUCUUAAAAAUUGACAUUUCUUCAAUAAUUCUAAAUAGUCUCUAUGAAACAAUACAAAAAAUUAACUCAGAUAUUAAUUUACUAUCAUUAAAAAUUGAUAAAUUUGUUUACAAUAUUUGGAUUGUUCUUAUUGUAUUAGAAUGUUUUGAAUUUGCUAGUAUUUUGACACCACAAAUGUUUAACUCUGAUCUUGGAUCAAAUAAUAUUUGUUUAUUAUUAAAAAUAAAAUGUGAUUCAAUGAAAUUUUCAUGGAAUGAAAUGAAGAAACGUAAUUUUAAACUUUCAAAAGAAGAGUUAGAUAAACUUCCAAUACAUGGACCAUUUUUUGGAAAUGAAGUAAAUUUAUUAUCUAAGUUUAAGGAUUGUCUUACAAAUAGUGAAGAUUUUCAAUUGUAUAUGGAAAGUACAUUUAUAGAAGCAAUAAUGGAAAUGAAAAAAUUAAAAUAUUUUAGAAAUUCAAUUUAUAUUAGCUAUAAAUUGGCAGAAAUUUAUAAAGAAAUGGAUAAUUUUGAGGGUGCUUUAAAAAUAAAAGUAGAAUCUAUGAAAGAUAUUUUAUUUGCUGGAGAAUGUCAUAGUGCGAUGACAAAAUUAUUAUUAAGAGAAGUUAUUGAUGAAAUAAUUCAUUUUCCAGAUAAAGAAUUUUAUAUGAAAGAGUUAUAUUUAUUUUGUUAUUAUGGUUUAAAUUAUGCUCAAAAUGAGGAAGGAAGAAAGUUGUAUCAAAAUUUACUUUUUGAGUUACCAUUAAAUGAUAUUAUUGAUAAAGUUGAAAUUCCAUCUUGGUUAAAAAAUCAAAUUCCAUUUAAAAUAAAUUAUAAUGGUGCAAGUAAUCAUUUACUAAAAUGUACAACUAAUAAAGAGGAAGAAUUUAGAUUUUCUAUAUCAACAAAAUUACCCUUAGAAAUAUUAGAUUUUAAAGUUAAAAUUUAUUUUCGUCUAGUAAAUAGAGAAAUUUUAGCUUCAUUAGCAAAAAAAAGAUUUUUGUUUUUGUGUAAAUUUAAUUCUGAAGAAAUAGUUAAUAGAUUUGGGUGUCUUCAUAAAGGUGGGUCUAAUGAAACGGAAAAUAAAAAUGACACUAACUUAAUAUCAUUUGAAUCCACAUCAAUAGAUAAUAAUGAAUGUAUAUUACUUCCAAAUGUGGCAAAUAAAUAUUCAACGUGUCUUAAAUUUUCACAAACGGGUUUAUAUAUGCUUGAAUAUAUUGAAAUUAUGUUAAAAGGAAGUUUAAAGUUUAUAGUAAAAAAUAAUUUAUUAUACCAAGGUAGUAAUGAAAGUCAAUUAUUAAAACCGUUAUUUAAAAAUGUUUUUGUUAUUGUUGAUAAUGAUCCACCAACUAUAAAUUUUGGAGAAGAAUUUGAAAAAACUUCUCAUUAUCUUUUAAUGGCUGGUGUUGUACAAAAAAUAUAUAUAACAUUGAAUGCUGGAUCUAAAAGUAUGGAUGAAAGUAUACUUAUUAUUGAAUCUAAAUCUGGAUCUGAAGAUCGUUUAGAAUUUUUGGGAUCUGAUGGAGAAUGGUCAAAUAAUGUUAAAAUUAAUAUUAGAAAAUUAAAUGCAACAGAGACAAUAUCAGUUGAGGUACAACUUUAUUUACCUACUGCGAGACUUUCAUUUUCAAACUGGGAAGAUCCACCAGUUACUAAAAAAAUUUUAUUUAAAUGGAUGGGUAGUGAUAAAACUAUGAAAAUUGAUUUUAAACCUUUAAUUAAUAUUAUAACAACAACAUCUAUUAUGGACAAUAAGGCUUUGUUUGAAAUGGAAAUUUAUCGCAAACAUGGUAAAGAUUUUAUUAUUCAACCAAUUGAUGCUAAAUUUCAGCAUCUUUCUAAAGACAUUGAUACCAAAGAAGAUCAAAUUGAUAUUAAUCGACUAAAUAUUGAUAUAAUUGAAAAUCUAGAUAUUGAUUCUGUUUAUUCCAUUGUUUGGCUUUUAACAAAUAAUCAAAAAAAAAUAACUACAGCUUUGAAUUCAAUUUUAAAAUAUAAAUUAACUUUUAAAUAUAAAGUAUUAACAUUUGAUAAUUCUAGUGGUAAAUACAUUGAAAUUCCAUUUGAAAGAGGUUACCAAUUAAUAUCAGAAUUUAAUUUUGCCCUUCCAGCAAUUGAAUAUGAAAUUUGUGCACAAUUAUUAUCAGAACAACCACAAUCUGUUAUUUGUAGAGCACAAAGUACUUGUGAAAUGGUUUUAUCAAUUAGAAGUAUAACACGUGUGGUUGAAACAAUUAUUGUUGGUUUAGAUGCAGAUCCAAGUAUUUGGAAAAUAACUAAUAAAUAUAAGCAAUUAACAAUAAAGGAUAGUGGAUUAGGCCAGAUAGCUUUUUCUAUUAUUCCUUUAGUUGUCGGUUUUUUACCAUAUCCAAAUAUAACCGUCUUUUCAUUUAAUAAAGAACAUGGUCAACCAGAAAAGAUGAAAGAAAUAAUUGAUAAUUAUCCACAGGUUAUCGGUAAACAGAUAUGUACAUUUUCAAGAACAAAAGGAAAACAGAUACAUGUUUUAGGUCAAAUAACAAUAGAAAAUGCUUCGUCAACAUCAAGUCUUCCAAUUUUAAAUCAUAAAAGUCAUAAUAGAGGAGAAUCAAAUGUUUCAUCUUCCAGGAGCUCACUAAGAAGUUCUGCAAGACAAAAAUUGCAAAAGUUUUUUGACAAAUAA